GCCAGCAAGAUCCUCAACCAUAAAAUAUCUCGUAACAUCUGGUUUAGCGGCAUUCCAGUUUAAGCGUUGUAAGGAAUAGUCCGGCAAUGUCGCGUAAGCUUUUGCUUCUCUUUGCUCUUGUAGCGAUUAUCUGCUUACUUACUGAAACACAUGGUUGGAGACGCCGCCGUCGCCGCCGCCGCCGAAGAGUUUGCACUCGAGUGAACUGCGCUUGGAAGCUCGGCCCAUGCAGCAUUACAUGCGGUCCAGGCAAACGAACUUAUAUCAAAACCAGGUCUAACUCUUGCGGUGGAACAUGCAUUCAACCUGCAGCAGUGGUUUGUAAUGUUAAACCUUGUCCAGUUAAUUGCGUGGUUGGGAAUUGGCAGCCAUGGGGGCCAUGUUCGAAAACUUGUGGAGCAGGAGGAGUUACUUAUCGACAUGGAUCAAUCCUAGUACAUCCUAAACACGGUGGGACAUUAUGCCCUGCGUUGAAGCAAUGGAAAACCUGCAACCGACUCUGCCUCAACAACGGGAGCUUUGCUGUGAUAACGACCGGUAGCAGUACAGGGCAUGGCUGCUUGUGUAAGACGGGUUAUAGUGGAAGCUGCUGUGAGAUAAACAACUCGUUCAAAUAUUCCAACGCUCAGAUAAACAUCUUCUACAAAACAUUAUUCAUCCGUUGGCUCCAUCAUCCGUAUCAUCACCAUCACUCGCAUCAUUGUGGGGAUGAGGAGCAAAAUUUCGUGGAAGGAGAAAAUCAAGAUGGAGACAUAUUUGCUCCGGAGGAAGAAACGGGGAUGGUGGAUAACAAACUAAAAGAGGAGGUGGAGUUGGUCAAAGAGGCGAUCACGGAUCAAAUCGAAGAGGAAAGGAGCAAAGAGCAAAGUUUGGAUGAGGUUUUAAACCAGGAGGAACAAGACAACUUCAGUGAGGAAGAACAGGAUUUAGUCGACCUCGCACACGAGGAGGAUUUAGAUGAGUAACUUUAUACUUUGUUUGUUCACCUGUUUAAUGUACUUUAAAACCAAAAUUUUUUACAAUAAAACAGAUAGUAUUCGGAA